GGAGCGGGGCUGUCAGUCUCAUCUGUACAGAGAAGAGAACGAUGUCUGGACGCGGCAAACAAGGAGGCAAAGUGCGGGCUAAGGCCAAGACCCGCUCAUCCCGGGCAGGGCUCCAGUUCCCGGUCGGCCGUGUGCACAGGCUCCUCCGCAAGGGCAACUACGCCCAGAGGGUGGGCGCCGGCGCUCCCGUCUACUUGGCCGCUGUGCUCGAGUAUCUCACCGCCGAGAUCCUGGAGCUGGCCGGCAAUGCCGCCCGCGACAACAAGAAGACCCGCAUCAUCCCCCGUCACCUGCAGCUGGCCGUGCGCAACGACGAGGAGCUCAACAAGCUGCUGGGCGGAGUCACCAUCGCCCAGGGAGGCGUCCUGCCCAACAUCCAGGCCGUGCUGCUGCCCAAGAAGACCGAGAGCAGCAAGCCGGCCAAGAGCAAGUGAGCCCGGCUCUGCCCCGCCCCAAACCAAAGGCUCUUCUAAGAGCCGCCCACAUGGUCUGUACGACUGAGCUGGCGAUGCCGCUGA